UUCAGGGAAGAUUCGGGUAGGUGAGCAGGGCAGGGGCUGUGGUCCUGGGCCACUAUGAGCUGCACCAUCGAGAAGAUCCUGACAGAUGCCAAGACGCUGCUGGAACGGCUGCGGGAGCACGACGCGGCCGCAGAGUCGCUAGUGGAUCAGUCCGCCGCGCUGCACCGGCGAGUGGCAGCUAUGCGGGAGGCGGGGACGGCGCUUCCGGACCAGGUCGGGCAGAGGUAUCAAGAGGAUGCAUCCGAUAUAAAGGACAUGUCCAAAUUCAAACCUCACAUUCUGCUGUCCCAAGAGAAUACACAGAUUAGAGACUUGCAGCAGGAAAACAGAGAGCUAUGGGUUUCCUUGGAGGAACACCAGGAUGCUUUGGAACUCAUCAUGAGCAAGUACCGGAAGCAGAUGUUACAAUUAAUGGUUGCUAAAAAGGCCGUGGAUGCUGAACCAGUCCUGAAAGCUCACCAGUCUCACUCUGCAGAAAUUGAGAGUCAGAUUGACAGAAUCUGUGAAAUGGGAGAAGUGAUGAGGAAAGCAGUUCAGGUGGAUGAUGACCAAUUUUGUAAAAUUCAGGAAAAACUAGCCCAAUUAGAGCUUGAAAAUAAGGAACUUCGAGAAUUAUUGUCCAUCAGCAGUGAGUCUCUUCAGGUCAGGAAGGAAAACUCAAUGGCCACUGCUUCCCAAGCCAUCAAAUAACUCAACUUCUGAAUGACAGCUGGAGAUUGUUUAUCAAGGAAGGAAGUUAUUAUCUUUCGAGUAUUGUCCAUUUAGUGUCUUGCCUCAGACUUGAUUUAGUGUUGAUUAAAGGUAUCAGGUGGCAGUUUAGAAUUCGCAGUCAAAUUGACUGUCCACAAAACGGUUUUUGGGUAUGUUCGUGAAAAUACACACUGAGUUUCACCAUUCCUUUCUCUAAGAGACUACUUUUAAUUUUCAGUUCUGGGACCUCAAUUUAUAUAAACCGUUAUCGGUUCCUUUUUGUUUCUUCACAUCUCUCAAACUUAGAUCCUUUUAUUAUAAGCCAGCAAUUUUAUUUUAUAUAGGAUUAUAAAUUACAAUUCUAAAAAAUUUUUAAGAGAUUAGCUUUUUAAAUGUAUUUGGUAUAAACCUAGAUUUUUUUUUCCAUUUGAGAAAAGUAAUACAAUUCCACACAACUAGAUUGGCAGAUUCUCUGAUUUGUACAUUCACCUCCUUUGAAGUUUUAAGUCUCUCUGGUGCUAAGAGUUGGCACUUUAUGACCUGGUGUCUUUAUUCUUAAUUUGAGAGAACCUACUGCUAGUCCCCAAGAAACAUACUUGAAAAUAAGUAAAAGUAGAGUCAUCAUAUUGUUCAAAGAAUCCAGAGAAAUUUGUCCUGUGUGUGUACACAUACACAUGUACUCUUAGUUCAAAUGCUGAAAGUAGCUGUUACUCUAUUAGAUAUUAGUAGUCAAUUUUUCAAUAUUGUCCUCCUUGGAAAACUUCAACUUGGGUGGUUUACUCAGUUGAAGAGCAUAUAAUGGGUUUAUUCACAUCAUAGUUUUUAGGUACUACAUUCUGUUUAAUUUAUAUAUAACUUGUAUUUUAUAGUUAAGAACCAUCACUUACUUGGAUGUCUUUCAUUACUAGUACUGAUAGUUGGCUUUCUUUUUAGAUCCAUUUUUCAUGAGGAAGCAAAGUUUUAUCACCUAAUGAGAGUUAUCACAUUCGUUGUGCUGUGUAGACAACAAAGCAGUGUUGAGAUUCAAAUGCUGAGCGGUAAACUAGCUCACUCAUCAAUUCACUUGCCUAUCUCAGUUUAGUCACAUGCCAGAUUUACAAAUUACUUCAUGUUAUACUAUCAAUUUAGGUUUGCCCAAAAAUAAUUGAAAUAAUGAAUCCUAAACCUGUCCAUACUUUUCCAGUAGCACUAAGCACCAUACUGCACAGGAGAGACGCAGUAUUAAAAAGAGUUUGUUGUUAGUGCUUUUGUGUGAUGUAAAAUUUCUUUUGUACUGCCAUAAAGAAGUAACUCCAGUUAAAACUAUAAAACCUCACUAAGAUAUCCUGAAAGCAUCUGAUCCCACUAAUACUGAAAGGACUUGGCCUAUAGUGGUGGUCUUUAAUGAUUAGGUAUAUGUCAUUUAAGAAACUCAAAUUUCUAUUCGAAGUCCUGCAUAGAAUUUGAAAAAUACUUCCACCCCCACUGUAGGCAUUUUUAUCUUGUUUCCCAACAGUAAGUAAAACUUAAGUCCAGCCAUUUGGCUUGAGGUAUAUGCCCUAAGUGCCACUGUGUGUCCCACGGUUCCACUCAGGAAGCAGGUACCCCUACAUGAUAUGUCAGCUGCCAUGGCCAGUUUUCAGUAAAAAUGAUAAAGUCAUCAAAUGGCCCAUUAAAGUAUAACAUGGUGUCUCUUUAUCUACCUUAUGUUCCUUUAAAGUUGUUUAUAAAGUUGUUCACAUCUCAGAUAUCAGGAUAAAUUUAUGUUAACUUUUCCCCCUGGCAAAUCAAAAGCUUGAAGUUUGAGUGAAAGAGCUCUCAGUGCCCUACAAAAUGUAAAUUCUGGCUGGUGUUAAUACAAAUACAUCAUUUCUAAUAAAAACAUUUUAAGAGUAAUAGUUAAUUUUACUCAGUAAUGAAUCUACUUAUUAGAAAAUACAAAGGUUUAUUUUUCACAUAUAUAGCAACCUGUCAAGUAGGGCUUUUCAUAAGUAUUUUGUAAUUAGCAUAAGGUGGUCAGCAGUAUAACUCUACAAAUAGCUGUUUCUAAAAUGGUGAGAUUUCCUCAUGAUUAAAAAUCAAAAUUAUACAAUUACAAAUCAUAUUAUAAAAUUAAAACUGAGUUUGGAAGUACCUUGAAAAAUGCUUAAAGAUUAUCCACUUUUACCUUAAUAAUACCUUACCUUUUACCUUGACUUAUAGUAAUACAUUAUGCAUAAUUUGAUUCAAACAUUGAAGGUCUAUUUCAGUGUUCCCCAAAAUGGUUUGCUGACAACUGAAAUAGAAAUUAGGGAAUGGGAUCUAGGAAUUUGUAUUUUAAUAAUUGUCCCAAAUAACUUCUAAGGAUACUAGUUUGAGAAUGUCUAAUCUAUGUACCAGACACUUCAUUCAGGAUUAUGAAUAGAAAAAAGGUGGGGGAAAGGCCUUGACACUUUUUGAAGAAAAAUUUGGUAGAGAAGACAGAUAUACAUAUAAUUACAGUGCAGUGAUACAUCCAAUAUGAGGAUGUAUAGGAUACAGAGGAGGGGCUAUAUGGAGGAGAAAGCUUGGUGCUUUCUAGUUAUCGUAUAAUCUCCAUUUUAACUAUACCUCAUUUUACACAUACUCAGGCACAAGGAGAUUAUGCUAUAUGUCUAAACUAGAACAAAGAUUCCAACCCAGAGAGACUCUUAAACAUAUUCUUAACCACUAAGUUAAGAUGCCUUUAAACGCCAAAUACUGGUUGGCGUUCAAGUGGUUCUUGAUUAGCAAAAUCUAUUUUUAGUAAUAGUGCACAAGAAAUAACCACAGCCCAUAUACUAGAAAAUAUGAAUUCAAUAAAUGCAGUCAUAACUAAUGAGACAUAUUUGUCAUCUCUUUCUAGAAUGAUGUAACUGAGAGCUUGUAUACACACAACUGACAUGGACAGUGUUUAAUUAGUGGUCUUACCUGUGUACGGAAAAGUGCAGUUCUGUCUUUCAAAUCUGCCUCCUUAGUGUGUGGCUUUUCAUCCUUCAUGUUCUUUUGGUUACAAAAAGGUUGGCGCUGUAUCAGAUGUCUUAGCCAUAUUGAAGGCAGGAAAAAAAGGGAAACGGCCUAUGCCAACUGUGUGUAUACUCUUAUGAUAAAAAGCAAAGCUUUCCCAGAAAUUCCAGACAGAUUUCCCUGUCUUACUUGCCUACCUCUUUAAAUGGUUACUUCUAUUUGCAAAAGCUGGGUACAUAGUUGCCUCAAUCAGUAUUCAAGGAGGAAAGAGUAUUGAGAAAGCAAUUAAUGAUGUCUGACAAGUCCUUUUAUGUUGAAUAGUUUUUAACAAAUGAAAGCAUUAGCUGACAGUGUUGGUGUUGGGUAGCCAAGAGAAUGGGCUAUGGCAGACAACUGUCAUUUCUUUUCUGGCUGCCCAAUAUCCUUAUUCCUAUCCUGUUUAGGGAAUCCCUCAUCUAAUGAGGCAAAGCCUUCCUCCUAAGAAAUUUGAAAGUGUCAGAUAAAUGUUUUCCCGGCCUCUUUUGCAGCUAAGGAAGAUGCAUCCACCUCAAACUUUAAAGUUAGGCAAAGAAGCAGGAAACUGUACAGAAUUCUUUGAGCAAAGGCCUAUAACACUGGCUACUAUAUGCA